UAAAAUUAAUAUUAAUAAUAAUAAAAAACAAAAUUUUUGACAAUAUGUGUGCUGUUAAAUAAUAUUUCUUAUAAAUAGUGAGUUUAAAAAGUUAAGCUGAAAAAUACCGAGUUAUUAUUAAAUAUAACAGUGCAACAGGUCUUCAAAUGCCACGUUGUUCAUUGCAUUUGUAUUUAUUGUGUCUGUGGCCAACAGUUUUUGAGCAACGUGUAAGAUACUCACACUUGUCAAUAAAUCUAAAAAGGAUACGGCAUAUCUUGGAUUAAAAAUGGGCAGCAUGUUUAGAAGUGAAGAGAUGGCUUUAUGCCAGCUGUUUAUCCAGCCAGAGGCAGCUUAUCUUUCUGUCUCGGAACUUGGAGAGACCGGAACUGUUCAAUUUCGCGACUUGAAUAGCAGCGUUAAUUAUUUCCAACGUAAAUUUGUAAAUGAAGUUCGUCGUUGCGAUGAAAUGGAACGGAAGCUUCGUUACAUUGAAGCAGAAGUUAAAAAAGAGGAUGUACCAGUCGCUGAAAUAGUCGGCGAUUUGCCUCGAGCGCCAAUUCCCCGUGAAGUUAUCGAUCUUGAGGCACACAUUGAAAAAACGGAGCAUGAUAUACUGGAAUUAACACACAACGCAGUUAAUCUUAAGAGUAAUUAUUUGGAGCUAUCAGAGUUGCAGCAUGUUCUUGAAAAAACUCAAGUAUUUUUUACCGAGAAUCAAGGCUCUUUUUUGUUUCUCGAUCAGCAGGAGGAGGCUAAUGACUCUAUUACACGAGCUUUGAUCAAUGAAGAGCAGCAGUAUCCGACAACUACAGGCCGUGGACGACUUGAAUUUGUCGCUGGAGUUGUCAAUCGGGAGCGUGUGCCGGCGUUUGAACGGAUGCUUUGGAGAAUAUCUCGAGGCAAUGUCUUUCUUCGACAAUCUGAAUUAGAAAAGCCUCUUGAAGAUCCAAAUACGGGUAAUGAAAUUUAUAAAACGGUAUUUGUAGCGUUUUUUCAAGGUGAACAAUUGAAGAGCCGUAUCAAAAAAGUAUGUGCUGGAUUUCAUGCUUCAUUAUAUUCUUGCCCCAACAGCAAUGCAGAACGAUUAGAAAUGCUAAAAGGAGUUCGUACUCGUUUAGAGGAUCUCAAUUUAGUUCUUAAUCAAACUCAUGAUCAUCGACAACGAGUACUGCACAACGUUGCUAAAGAAAUACCUAAUUGGAGUAUUAUGGUCCGAAAAAUGAAAGCGAUUUAUCAUACCAUGAAUUUAUUUAACAUGGAUGUUACGAAAAAGUGUUUGAUAGGAGAAUGCUGGGUGCCAAUGGCUGACCUUACAAUGGUUCAAAGUUGUCUUACGGAAGGAUCGAGAUUAUGUGGAAGUUCAAUCCCUUCAUUUUUAAAUGUUAUCCAUACAGAUGAAGAUCCACCAACAUUCAAUAGGUCUAAUAAAUUUACAAAAGGAUUCCAAAAUUUAAUUGACUCUUACGGUGUCGCAUCUUACAGAGAAGCUAACCCAGCGCUGUAUACAAUCAUAACAUUUCCAUUUUUAUUCAGUGUUAUGUUUGGUGAUACUGGUCAUGGUUUAAUAUUGACUAUUUUUGGUGCUUGGAUGGUAAUUUGGGAAAAAAAGUUAUCCGCUAAAAAAACAGACAACGAAAUAUGGAAUAUAUUUUUUGCUGGUCGUUAUAUAAUAUUACUCAUGGGAAUAUUUUCAAUUUACACCGGAAUUAUUUACAAUGAUAUUUUUUCAAAGUCUGUAAAUAUAUUUGGAUCUAGUUGGAGAGUAGAAUUUACCGGUAAAGAGUUAAUGGAAAAUAAACACCUUCAACCAGACCCUGCAACACCUGCUGGAUAUGCACAAGUACCAUAUCCUAUAGGAUUAGAUCCAGCUUGGGCGCUCGCUGAAAAUAAAAUUAUUUUCUUGAAUUCAUAUAAAAUGAAAUUAUCCAUUAUUUUCGGUGUUGUUCACAUGAUUUUCGGCGUUUGUGUUAGCGUUAUAAAUAUAAUACAUUUUAAAAAAUACGCAAGUCUUGUUUUGGAAUUUUUGCCCCAACUUUUGUUUCUCAUUCUUCUUUUUGCGUAUUUGGCGGCACUUAUGAUAAUAAAAUGGAUUUUAUACAGCGCUGCAGCAAAAGGUACCGACUGGGAGCCUCGCUGCGCACCGUCAGUUUUAAUAAUAUUUAUUAACAUGAUGCUUGGAGGUGGUCAAGGACAAUCAGAGUCUUCUUCAUCGGCUGUCAAUGAAACCUUAGCUACAGUAGUAAAACCCUGUCCUAAAUGGAUGUAUCCAAAUCAAGAUAUUGUACAAGAUGUAUUUAAAUACGGAGCGCUUCUCUGCGCUCCGGUAUUAUUAUUCGGUAAACCACUCUAUUGGUUAAUUACAAAUAAAGCAUCGAAAAAGCGACAGAAUAAUGGAGUUGCUUCACAAGAUAUUGAACUUGAAAGCAGUAAUUUUCCAUCCAAUGGCGAUACACUGAAUAGUGUAAGCCGUAAUCAUGGUGGUGGUCAUGAUGAUCAUGAAGAAGAUAGCUUUAGUGAAAUAAUGAUCCACCAAGCUAUCCAUACUAUUGAAUAUAUCCUUUCAACAGUAUCCCAUACUGCGUCUUAUUUGCGACUUUGGGCUUUGUCGUUAGCUCAUGCUCAACUUUCAGAAGUAUUAUGGGUUCAAAUAUUAACUCAAGGAAUUAAAUUUGCUCCAGAUAGAGAUUUUAUUGGUGGUAUUACUAUAUUUAUUGCAUUUGCAAUGUGGUCAUUUUUCACUAUUGCUAUUCUUGUCCUGAUGGAAGGUCUUUCAGCCUUUCUUCAUACACUUCGACUUCAUUGGGUCGAAUUUAUGAGUAAAUUUUAUGAAGGCCAUGGACAUCUAUUUCAACCUUUUUGUUUCAAAAGUAUUAUAGAUACAGCAUCUACCGAGGAAGAUGAAGAUUAGAUAUACAUAUCUAUGGAAUAAAUCAUCGUCAAU